CUUCUAUAAACGCAUAUACAGAAACAUCUAUAGAGGUCUGAAUGUCUUAACACUCACUGGUUUGCACAAGGCUGCGCUGAGAUGCCACACUCAACCUCCGCACACAAGAGAAGUCAACUGAAAAAAAUCGGUGUUGACAGCAGCUCUCCUCUGUGAGGAACAGGGUAGUAGCAAGAGCGAGAGAGUGAGGAGAGGGAGGAGGGAGUGAGAGUCUGAGAGAGAGAGAGAGAGAGAGAGAGAGAGAGAGAGACUUGUGCAUCGAGAGCCAGCCUCAGCCUCUAUUGUGGUAAGCAGGCAAGGGAAGGCGUUUAAGGAGCGGACUUUAAACCCACAGGCGCAACACUGGUCACCGCUGUAGAGACCCCCGAAAUCAGAGGACAAGGCAACAUGGAGGAGGACAUGGAUGAGGGACAGACCCAGAAGGGAUGCAUGGAGUGCUGUUUGAAAUGUCUAGGAGGAAUCCCUUAUCCAUCUCUGAUUGCCACUAUCCUGUUGUAUGCUGGAGUGGCGCUCUUCUGUGGAUGCGGACAUGAAGCUCUUUCUGGAACGGUCACCAUCCUCCAGAAUUACUUUGAGGUGAUCAGGGGACCUGGAGAUGGUCUGGAUGUGUUUACAAUCAUUGACAUUAUCAAGUACGUGAUCUAUGGCAUUGCCUCUGCAUUCUUCGUGUAUGGCAUUCUUCUGAUGGUCGAAGGCUUCUUUACAAGUGGGGCCAUCAAGGACCUGUAUGGAGACUUCAAGAUCACCACCUGUGGACGCUGCGUCAGUGCAUGGUUCAUCAUGCUGACGUACAUCUUCAUGUUGGCUUGGCUGGGUGUGACGGCGUUCACCUCUUUGCCCGUCUUCAUGUAUUUCAACAUCUGGACCAUUUGCCAAAAUACGACCAUCCUAGAGGGAGCGAGUUUAUGCCUUGACCCACGCCAGUUCGGUGUUGUGCCCAUUGGUGAGGAGAAGACUGUGUGUGCAGGGUCAGAGAAAUUCUACAAAAUGUGUGAAUCAAACGAGCUGGAUAUGACUUUCCACCUGUUUGUGUGUGCGUUGGCUGGGGCUGGAGCCGCCGUCAUUGCCAUGAUCCACUACCUGAUGGUGCUGUCUGCCAACUGGGCCUACGUGAAGGAUGCGUGUAAAAUGCAGAAAUACGAGGACUGCAAGUCCAAGGAGGAGCAGGAGCUGCAUGACAUCCACUCUACACGCUCCAAGGAACGGCUCAAUGCCUACACAUAAGACAGGAAGCAGCAGUGAGGGCGAGAGGACCCUCAGUGCUUUUACUUCCUAUUGAAGGGAGUUUUGGCACUGGUGCAGUCCAGGUGGUGUGUCGUAUGACCAACCCCAUGGCCAACCCAUUACCUCUCGCACAAACAUUAUUAUUAUUAUUAUUAUUAUUAUUAUUAUUAUUAUAAUUAUUAUAAGUGCUAGCAGUAGUGUUGUAGUUUUUUUCACAUUGUUGUAUUUCUUUCUCUUUUUUUCAAAAGAGAUUGUCUUGGUUCUUUUUUUUCUCCACCACAUUUUACAAUUUUUGAAUAUGUUUUUUCUUUUCAAACCCAUUUUUUGUAUUAAUACAUGACUCAUUCUUAUGUAGAGGGUCGGUUACUGGGGUGAAAAAAAAGCACAUUUUUCAUGUGUGUCUGUCUCUUAAGGUCUCAUUAUCAAGGACUUAAAGCAUGAAAAAAAUUUUGGUAAAAAAAAUAAUAAUUCUCUCUCUCUCUCUCUCUCUUUCUUUCUCUAUCUCUCUCCCUCUCUUCUUUUUUUUUUUUAAUCAUCAAGAAGGUAUGAAGCCCGAUACCAGCAGAUGGCUUGCUCAUUCUGCGUUAUUUUGGUAAAAGAAAACUCAAAAACUGAGACAGAAAGACAAAAAACAAAAUUAAGAUAUAACAGAUGUACCAUAAAGUGUUUAUUUAUUAUUUUUCUACAGAUGUCAUUGCAUAGCUUAUCAAGAUGAUUACAAAAUGACAAAAUGGUUAUUAUUUGCUUGCCGUGCCAGUCUAGCUUUCAGACCGCAAUCGUGCCAGUAGGUGGCGUUGUAACUUCUCUGAGAGGGAGAGGAACUUUCUGACCGCUUUUAAGUGGACAUGAAGCAUUUCAAUCUUACCACGGUGUCAACGACCCCCUCUUCAGCAUCAAUGCAACUCUCCCUUUACUGGAAGCAAGCGACACAUGCACAAGCCUACAGCGUUUUGACCCCUCUUUUUUUAUUUUCCUACACAAAUAGAUAUAGUCACAGGGUUUUUAAUUUGACGUUUUUGAUUUUUAGCUUUUGUACAUAGCCAUUCUGUAAAUGUAUGUACUGUACGUUAGCACUUAAACUUCAGGUGAAUUCGUAUUCGAUUGAAAAACACAUUCCAUGACAGGAUAGGGUGGGCGGAGGGAGGGCGUUCUUCUAAAAAAAAAAAAAAAACACGAGAAAAAAGACGGAGGAGAAGCAAAAACCAGGCGACACGGUAAUGUUUUGUGACAGAUCACUUUCUUUCGGUGGGUUUUUUUUUUUUCUUUCCAAAGGGGAACAUCACGACGAAAACAAAUAUUAAAAGAGCUUAUGCUAUUAUCUCGAUGACAGUUACUCGUUGUCUUGCUAACAAGUCAUUAUUAUAUCGGACGAUGGAAAUGUCUUCUCAUUCUUUUAAUGCCUGGCAAGUCAUGUUCUGUCGGUGUUUCUAAGAGCUAGUUUCGUGCACUUAUUUGACCAUUUCGUGAGCUCUUUCUCGGUGUAAGUGCAUCGGGGCUCCGGCUGCGAAGUCGCGCCCCUGUAAUGUUAGGUAAAGACUGUGAACCUAAGUGUUAUUUGUGGCAUGGUCAUGCAUUCAAUGGUAAUCGUUUUUACUGGAUCAAAAAAUAAAUAAAUAAUAAUGAUGAUAAUAAUAAUAAUGGAAAAAAAAAUCAAAAAGAAAAAAAAAACGAGAAAAACAGUUUUCAUUUCAUCUUUUUAUGAGUUUGUUAUAUGCGACUGUCUUGCUGGGUCAUCCCCUUCCUCAUAAUGUGCAGUAAUUUGAAUCCUAUGCUGAAUACAUUGCGCUGAAACUCCUACUCUUCGAUGGUAGUGUUUGAUUUGUGCCUGUUUACUUUGUGGUGAUCUCUCUAACUCCUCUGAGUCCUCCUCUCACCUUUCUAUUACUAUUGCUUGUUGAGCCCCUAAUGCUUUCUCUGAACCCUCACCUCUCUCUCUCUCUCUCUCUCUCUUACUCUGGCUCACUCUCUCUGUCCUCGUAUACUAGUCUUUUUGUACUAUCACUAAAGAAUGCUUAGUAGCAAGCUGUACCAUUAAUUUGUUUUGUACAUAAAUGUGCCAACCGCUUGACAGUGGCUUUUCUGAUCUGUAGGGACAAACUGCUUGCAUAAAUAAACUACACUGGUGUACUUGUUAAUAAAUACGGUUGUUGUUGUUCUUAA